AACAACAGAGAGGGGAGUGGGGGAGAGAGUGUGAGCUUCAGGCUGACAGCAAAAGAGAGAGGGAGAGAAGGAGAGAGCAGAGACCAGCGGAACGUCUGUCUCUAUCUGUUGCCUCUUGGAUCUCGUUGAGCAAAGCUGUCGGGCUUCUUCUGACUGCGAGUGGAUCCUCCUGCUCAGAGACUGUGUGAGGCAGUGCCUGAGUGCAGAGCACACAUCAGAGUAUCCCAGUGGUUAUGGUGCUGCCACACACGGGUGAAGGUUUGACCGGCUUUGCUCUGGACUCGACUCAAUAUCCAUGAUCCACAGCCAUCUCUGGCAUACCCUCUCAUGAAGAUGGGAAAUGCCUCUGAAACAUUUCUGCUCAUUUCCACAAUAUCUAAAAAUAAUGACUUCCUCAUGGGAACCAUCUACACCAUUUUUGGUGUGCUGUCAAUGCUGGGAAACGGGAUCCUGCUGUUUGUGGCCUAUAGAAAGAAGUCCUCCCUGAAGCCAGCAGAGUUCUUUGUUGUUAACCUGGCCAUCAGUGACCUGGGCAUGACCUUAACCCUGUUCCCGUUGGCUAUCCCCUCAGCCUAUGCUCACAUGUGGCUCUUUAAUAAGAUGGUUUGUAUGGUCUAUGCCUUUUGUGGCGUUUUGUUUGGCCUGUGCAGUCUGACCAACCUCACUGUGCUCUCCUGCGUCUGCUGGUUUAAGGUCUGCUGCCCAAACUAUGGUAACAAGUUCUCCUACACCCACGCCUGCACGCUGGUUGCUGGGGUCUGGUGCUACGCUGGAGUUUUUGCCGUCGGUCCCCUGGUGGGCUGGGGAGAAUAUGGGGCUGAGCCUUACGGUACAGCAUGCUGCAUCAAUUGGCAUGCUCCCAGCUAUAGCUCUGCAGCUAUGAGCUACAUCACCUGCCUCUUCUUCUUCUGCUACAUUGUGCCCUGCACUGUCAUCUUCCUGUCCUACACAUUCAUCCUGCUCACCGUCCGGGGCUCCCGUCAGGCUGUGCAGCAGCACAUGUCCCCGCAGAACAAAAUCACUAAUGCACAUGCACUUAUCAUUAAGCUGUCUAUAGCAGUUUGCAUCGGUUUUCUGACAGCAUGGAGUCCAUAUGCCAUUGUGUCCAUGUGGGCAGCAUAUGGUAACCCAGCAACUGUACCAGCUAUGGCUUUUGCUCUGGCAGCUAUGUUUGCCAAGUCCUCCACCCUUUACAACCCUUUUGUCUACCUGGUCUUCAAGCCCAACUUUCGCAAGUUCCUAUGUCGGGAUGUGGCAAACUGCAGAAGUACAGUCUGUGGAUGUCUGUGUCAGCACAGCUCCACACAGAAGGGAACUUGCAUGGAGUCCCAUCACAAAGAAGAAUGCAACUGCACAAGGUUGUCAAAUGGGCUAACGGAAAACCACGGGACCUGUAGACACUGUCCUUGCCCUGAAGUCACUGGUACCAAAGAAAACAUUACAGGAUACAGCCACCAGCAGACUGCCAGGAUACUUAAAGGAUCGCUACAUAGUGAGGUGGCUGUCAGCCAGCUGUCUAGUGAGUUGCAGAGUGACUUCCUCUAGAGAAACAAACAGCCAGAAAGUAAGAAGGUGGAAAAAAAGAGGAGAAAGAAUGAAGAAUGAAGGUUGAAAGAUGCAAGUUGGGGAAAAGGGAAAUGUGUUUAAAAACAAAAACAUAAAGAUAGAUUGAAGGAACUCUGAAGGUCAAAGUUUUAAAACAAAGAACUUGUCUCAUGCCUCAAAUAUGUGAUACUGCCAAAAAAUGAAAUAAAAAUAAAUAAAUGACCAGAAGGUUAGAAGCCAAUAGAAGAGGAUAAAGGAGCCUAAUAGUCAGCAUGCAACCAGAGAUGUGUAUAUCAAUGUUUCAUCCGGCCAAAUUAACCCGCUGCAAUAAUGAUCAGUGUUAAGCAAACAAGACUGAGAAAGGAAUCACAAUGCAAAUCAAUUCAAGCUGGAUUCUGAGGAAGCUGAUAUUGAAACUUUCUACUCCCUAAACUACUUGUGUAUUUAUUAUGAGUACUGUAUUGAUGUAUCUGAUUUUGGUAGGUAUUUAUUAUUGCAUGCUUAAAAUUGAAGGACCACAGGGUUGCUGUUUUUAUCAAAUAGGAAAAUAUUUCAGUCUCCUCAUUGUUGAGAACAAUAAGCCUUGGUUCAUUCAAUUACAGUGUGACAGCCUCUACCUUUGUCUAAGAACAAAGCACUGAGAGAAAGAUUUGUCUUAGCGAGACCAUUGUUACAUGUGUAAGAAUGAACAUAGACAUCCUUCAAAUUGCCCACAGGGCGCUGUAUUGAUUUCUCAGCAAAAAGGAGGUGUCAAUACUCAUUUUGUCUGAUCAGCUGUGUCCAGGACGAGGCAUGACUGAAUUGUAAAAGCAGAGGAACUAGGGACAGGGUUCAAAACAUACAUUGCAAUGGAACAAAUACUGACUAAUACUUGAAUGUCAGAUUUUUUAUUUAAUUUUUGUUUGUUUUACAAAUCAGAACACAAUGAACACACUGAAGGAAUUAUUAUUUAAAGGCUAGGUUAGUUUUUAUCUAACAGAAAUAUUAGCCCUAAAAAGAACACAAUGUGGCUGUCUUCGGCCAUGUUUUAAAAUGUAUGUGCUCAGAGAGCUGGCUCUUAUGGAAGUCACUGAUGAUGAGGAGAAGCUGGAGCUGGUGCAAUCAAGGCGCUAUUUUAUCUUAAGAAUGAGCCUCAGAGCAGUGUGAAAUUAAAGGUUUAAUUAAUUUUUUUAUUUUCAUAAUUUUUGUCAUGAGUUCUAUUAGUUCUGAUUCAAAUGUUCUCACCAAAGCAAUUGCUGAGAUCACAGUGUGACAGAUUACUACAGAAAAGUCAGAAAUGGCAAGAAAGGUGCAGCCUUAGGCUGGUCAGAUGGAUUGUAAACAAGCCAACAAUUUAAGCCUGAUUAUCUAAACUACUUUAUUGUAAAGCCGAAAGUUCAUCCAUAAUGCUGAUAAUAAUAAUUAAUUACAAAAGCUGUGUGUGCGCACAAUUAUUGCUGUCAGGCAGUCUGAAUAUAAAAGUGAUUGAUGUUUACAAAGGACAGAGAUUCAUUUUCAUUCAGUUUUUCUUAGUACUACCUGAUUAUGAAGUCAAACUUUUGUCAGACUCCACCACGAUACACAUCCUCAGAUUUCAUCUUUUAACUCUUGUUACUAACGGGAAUAAUAUCCAAAUUUGUGAAAAUAAGACCCAAAAUGUAAUCAACUGGAACGAUAAUUUAAAAUGCCUGUAUGUGUGUGCAUAUGAAAGUAAUAGAACAAAAAAUGUGGAGUUUAUUUGUACUGUAUGAUUGUGUGUGUUUUUCUAAUGUGCCUCUGUGUGUGUGUGUGUGUGUGUGUGUGUGUGUGUGUGUGUGUGUGUGUGUGUGUGUGUGUGUGUGUGUGUGUGUGUGUGUGUAUAUGUGUGUGUUCAUGGCGUGCAGUAUAUCAACAAAUUCUUUUGGGCCAAAUGCAGAAACAUAAACAACAAAAAAGAACAUUAAAAUGAGCAUAUUAAACAUGUUCCUCAAGCCAUUAAAACAAAAAGAGCAGAAAUUAACUUUACAUCUAUGCAUGGAUAUAGGCCACUUGGCUUUAGUGUUCUUCUAGCCUCUUGGAAAAGAGAGGGCUUGUUGUUCAGUAAAAGGAUUUGUAAUAUGAGAGACACAAGGCUUUGCCUCAGCACCUGCCAACAUUAUUCCAAUAAAAAAUGCCCAGUGAGCAUAGCUGAGCUUAACCACAGUGUUUGUCCAAUGAGCAGUUUUAUACUUUGUACCCCUGACAGCAGCAGUCAUCAAAUGAAAGUACAAAAAUACCUGCCAUGGACAGGAUUAAUUAGAUCUGCUCUAGAACGCGUGUUGCGGUGACUUUCAUGCCAUGUCAUGAUUCCUUGCUUGGCCAUGGUGGGAGAAAGAGUGCAGUUCUGUGCAGUUUUUCCCAGAAUAACUGACUAUAGAAACAGUUCACUUUGUCAUGAAAUAAUUUUAAACAUGUCAGCACGUGUCGUAUUCUGCUGCGUGCUGCACUCCUUCAGUUACUGCUCUGACAUUGGUAGUGAUUGCUUCUUGAAUAAAUUGAUAUUAAACCACAAUCACAACCUGAACUAAUAGCCCACUUGAGCUUUUCACACAACACUUGGCCCUGUGAUAAGACCUGUGUUAGCUCAGAGCUUAGAGCUCUGUUAGUUCAGACUGACAUUUGCACUCCAUGAAAAAAUGCAGCCCCCCGUGAUAUGUUUCUGCAUCGAGGGUUCAAGUACAAAAAAAAAAAAAACACAAUGAAAAAGAAAAACGUUGAGCGUAGCUGACUUUUUGCCGUAAUGCAACAACACAUUCCUGGUAACCUGAAUAGUUCAUUUCUACUGUUUAUUUUUCUGAGAUGGAGGAUAAAACAGUUGUGAUAAUUUUCUGCUGUCUAGUGUUUUCGUAUCUGAUAAGCUCCAAACUCAUGGAUCUAUUACUUCAACCAGCCUUGUUGGGUUCUAUUUCACAACCCUAUUGUCACUACUGAGUGAUUCUGAACUCUGGACAUUGUCAUUAUUGCCAAGUUUUUAAAUUUUUUACUUUUUACAAUAUCUUCUAAUUUCUGUAUUAAUGUUAGGGAACGAUUGUGGUUAUGCCAAACAAUCUAUGUUCAAGGAGCAGUUAUCAUGAGGUGCGGAUUCGACCGACAUGACUCCAAUGUGGGGCAUCCCCUCCAAAACUGAUCCCCAAUCUGGAACGACUUUUUAUGGUUAUUCUAAAACACAGAUAAGAUUAAAUCAAGUUUCAAAUAAAGCAAUGGAACAUUUGAUGUCCGAUGAAAUCAAGUCAUAUGCCGUGGACAUUCUGAUAACAUUAUCCCAGUUUUGUGGUGUUCAAGUGCACCAAAGUCGACCUCAGACUAACUGUGAGCUAAGGUUAAGGAUAGCCCACAGGCCUUUUCACUGACGUAUACAGUCAGUAAUUUUUAUCAGGAAGUUUGAGACAAUAUCUUCUUCUGUUUUUCAUCUGUAACUAACAACUAUAGUACACAGCUGCAUGGAUGUACAGGGUAGCAGCUCAUUACUGUUUCUUGCUCUAUAACCUCCAGGGUGAAGACAUACUGUAAAUAACCUACUAUCUGUGUCUGUUAGAAAUGAGAAUCUACAUGAUUGUACGGACUACUCUGUGUGAACAAUGUCGCCGGUUUCAUGCUGAUGAGAGCUAAAGGAUCUGUGAAAUGCAAGAGGAAUUUUCUGCAUGUCAUGCCGAAACCAAAGGUUACAGUCACCUUUACCUUCACUGUCAAAGCCAAAAUGUAGUUUUGGACAUUCAUACUUUUUAUACCAAUAUGCAGGUUACCAUUACACGAACAUACAUAUCAAACAUUUGGCUUCCAGUACUGUGUUGGACAGGCUUUGUUCGGCCCAAAUUCUUGGGCAAAGAUGUACGCACAAACCAGGAAACAUAACUGUGAAAAUCUGAUUCUGAUGUCUCUUUUUUCUAUUCUGCUUUACUCAAGGAACAAAUUCUGCAGGUACCUGGGUCAUUUACCAUUCCCACCCGGGUCAUUUCCACUGGCUUUACUCAUUCAAACAAUGUACAUAUAUUUAUCAGACGUCAGGGAUUUCAUGUAGACAUUGGCUUGUUUGCAUGUAUGUAUAUAAUAUGUGUAUGUUAAUUCAUAUAUUAUAUAUGAAUAUCAGCCUAAAUACGAGAUCAAGAAACCUCUUAGAGUUUCUUGAAAUUGGGGGUUUUGUUUUUAUGUUAUUUCAGCUUCUGACUGGUGGCUUUGAAAGUGUUUUCAGAAAUGUUUCUUAUUAUGAGGCUUUAGUGGAAACAGCCUCCAGGUUUGUGGCUUCCCUCACUGCAGCUGGAAUCCAUUUUCCUUUAGCUCCUUUAAUAGCUGGGUGGGAAAAGGAUUGACUUAGCUGAACUUACAUCCUAAAAGCAAGACCACCAAUGACACAGCCAUAAUAUAAUGGCUAUUAGAGCUGACCAUUAUUAAUAAAUCUCAAGCUCCCACCAUGGUGUUGUUGGGUUCCAUAGAUACACAAUAAUCCAAGUGGGAGAUUUAAUCUAUAACGAUGUUAUUGUAUAUGCAGCUGCUAUGAAGGUUACUGUUUCUACCUCCUAAUUAAUCAUGGAAUGUAUUUGUGGCUCUUGUGAAUUGGAGAUGUGCAGCGUUUAAUAAGAAGAAGUAGCAGAAGUGUUUGAUGUGGUUACAGUCGCUUGGAUGAGCAAUUUACUACACGAGAGUUUAAUAACAGAGAAACUGAAGUGCUGAAUGCAAUUAUCUCUUGCCCUUGCAUAAUGAAAUCCUUUGUUGUUACCAGAACAGUAAUUGUCAACACUUUUGUUAAACACACUCAUCUCAACUCUCUUCACUUUCUAAAUCUCACCUGUCAUGAAACAGCCUGGAAACAUGGCAAAGACUUUGUUAUUCCCUUUGAUACUUGAGGCUGAAUCAGCAUAAAUUCCAUAUGCAGUAUUUAUAAUGGCUUAUAAUGUUCUUGCUAAACACUAGGUCUGAAUGAUGGGAUAAAUUCUAUAAGUACUGCUCACUAUGUCUGGCCUAAUCCGCUGUAAAUAAAGUUAAAUGCGGAUCAAGAGGAUGCAAAUAGAAUCUGAAUCUUCUGACUGCAGCUGGAGAGCAAAGUCUUUGUAUGAAUCCUUAUUUUUCUUUUGUCUUCUGGAAAGCAAACACUGUAUCCUCAGGAGGUUUGCAAUUUUCGACUGCACUGUACUAAGCUGGCAUAUGUAAAUACAAGGAAACACACAGGUCAGAAGUUUUUCAGCACCCCGCUUUCUAAGACACAAAGAAGGCUGAAUGUGAUGUGUUGUACAUAUAUGUAUGUUAAUAUAUGAAAACAAGUCUGUCUAUGCAUCUAUAUAGGUUCUGAAAUAUUAUUAUAUUAUAAUAUUUGAAACAAUUAUCAUUGUUGUCAGUGAAGUUUCAGAUGCAUUGUGAGAAAUGUUUACAUCUUUUGGUAUUCUUUGUUUAAAAUAUAUUGAGGAUUGUAUAAAAAGUGUUAAAUAUGUCUAUCCAAGGACAUGUAAUUUGUUCUGGGGUAAAAAUGGAAUGAUAAAUAAAUAUAAUUUAGGAUUCCA